AUGCCCCCGUCCGAUGACAUCAUCGAGCUAAACGUAGGCGGCGUCCCCUUCCACACAUCUACCUCCACCCUGUGCAAUUCCCGUUCCCAGGGCUCCAUGCUAUGUGCUCUGGCGUGUACAGACCUUCCGUCCUUCAGGGAUAGACACGGUCGCAUUUUCAUUGACCGCGACGGUGCCCGCUUCAGAGUCGUCCUCAACUUUCUUCGCAACGGCACCGUCCAUGUCGUCAACGGCCUCGUUCCCUGCCCAGAGACUGGCGGAAGUGUCGCCCUUACCGCGCUGCUAGAGGAGGCCAUGUUCUUCGCUCUGGCUGGCCUCGAACGCGCCGUUAGGGAGCACCUUGACCGUAUCGAGUUGGAGGAGAGCCUCGAGAUGAUGGACGCUGACUCCACGAAGCAAUCCCAGGAGUCGGUGUCGGUGUCGGUCUCUAAGAGUGACGUCGGAAGCCCGACUUCCGGGCGCCAAGCAGAGAAAAACGGCGUCUUUGGCAAGAGCGCCCCUCUCGAAACGGUUGGCGAUUACCAAUUCACGUUGGACGCCGAAUUUUAAGAUAUUACCCUCCCCAACGCCAGAACAUUUAGUAGAACAAUCGCAGAUGUAGAUAGGUUGGAAUGUCGUCGGGCGUAGCGGUGGGCCCCCCAAGAGGCGAGUGCCAUGACGCUUGGACUCGGAGCACGGUUCCUCACCGCGCUGGAAACGAUUUCUUCCGACACCGUCGAGAUCAAGAGUGGCCGCCGCUUCUACAACCUAUCAGUGUUUCCCGACAACGCCCUACUUGUAUUAAAGUAAGCGUCCGAGGAAUGGGAAACAGCUCGGUUUCGCGCUAAUGAGAGUCCCUGAGCUUUUGCGAUUAUCAAUUGAUUGCCUUCGAAUUCAUUCCGGUCACGGAUGCCUUUUGUCACGGUGUUA